AUGGCAAAAACUAAAGCCACCAGCGACGCCAAAUUGUCAAAGGAAGAGCGCAAGGCGGCUCGCAAAGCUGAGAAGAAAGCCGUCAAAGUCGAAGAUGCGGGCGUGAAGAAAGUCAAAACAGACAGGAAGGAUAAAAAGGAGAAGCGCAAAGCACUAGCGGAGAAAGCUCUGAAUGAACUCAAAAGUGAGAGCGGGAAGGUGAAGGCUAAAAAGGGGAAGAAAGCGCCCAAGGAAGAAAGUGAUGAAGAAGCGGACGACGAGGGAGUUGCCGUGGAGGAGGUGAAUGGAGCAGAGGAAGAGGAUGGAGAUGAGGAUGAGGACGAGGUUGUCGAAGGGAAGACAGAGGUGGCACUACCAUCCAAGCCGGUAGGCGCAUUGGUGCCCUUUGCAAACCCCCUGGCCGACGAGAAGGGUGCGAAGAAGAUAUUCAAGUGUGUGAAAAAAGCCGCCGUUCAGCGCACACUCAAGCGUGGUGUCAAGGAAGUUGUCAAGGCACUGCGCAAAUCGCCUCACUCAAUGCCUUCUUCCAACUCACUGCCCAUCGGCAUCGUCGUACUUGCCGCCGACAUCUCCCCCAUGGAUGUUAUUUCCCAUAUUCCCGUGCUCGCCGAGGACCAUGCCGUUCCAUACAUCUAUGUUACUAGCCGCGCGGAACUGGGCACUGCCGGUCAGACGAAGCGACCUACGAGUGUUGUCAUGGUCAGUCGCGAUGGAGGGAAAAAAAGCGGCAAGGAAUCCAAGGAGAAAGACAAGGACAAGGAAGACGACCUCGAGAGUUGGGAGGAGACGUAUAAGAGUCUCGUCAAGGUUGUGGAGAGGGAAGGUCGACAUGUCAAGAUUUAA